GCCCGAAAGCCCUAUCACUGACUCAGUGGUUACAGCGAUCACCGUUUGCCUCUUAUGACUAUUAUGAGUAAAUCAUUCUUGCAUUAAAGGGGAAGUUUUAAACUGGAAUAUCGAUCGCUGCCGCCCACACGUGGAUGCAGCCAAAAGCAACACUGUUCCUGACCUAACUGUUCGUCCGCAGCAUUGUGUUGCCUACAGCUUCGUGGCGGUGACAAGUGAUACUCGCCGACACGCGCCACAAGGCCUGAACGGCGCACCGACUCUUCGUGCUGACAGCUGCAGGGGCCUCGCUCAUUCCAUCGCCGGCUCCGCGUCUUUUAACCAGACAAUCGCUCUUUACUGUAUACCCCAUGAAGUGACUUGGUUACGCGUAGUGGUGUCUAGCAGUGCAUCAUGUACGAUUCGAUACUAUUCCCUGUGGUCUCCGUGGCCGUGAGCGUGGUGAUGGGGGUGCUGGGGUACAAACUCACAAAUGCCUGUGUGGACUUUUGCUUCAUAUAUUGUAAACGAUGCAGGAGACGCGCGGAUCGGUCCCCGCUGGACACUGUGAGGGUACAGGUGGAUCUCUCGAGGGGCGUGGUUCACACUUUCCGCGAUUUCCCUAGCGACGCUUCGGCCGCCGCCUCCACCGCCCCGCUAGUCACGGGUGUAGGGGAUGCCACCCCUUCCACGCCAACGAUGUCCUCUUGCAGCAAUCUCGGCGCCUCCAAGGUCAGCAUUGCCACUCAGACAACCUCCAUCCUCGCGUCCUGCAGUAACAGCAGCUACAGUAACGGCAGCAGCACCAGUAGCCUCAGUUCGGCAACCUCGAUGGAGGUCAGCCUGUUUGACAAAAGUAUGUGGGGCACCCGCAGCUCUAACACAACCGAUCAGCUAGACGACUCUGCUGGAACCCUCGUAGACACAGACACCUCGCCCGAGAGAGCAUUUUCCGCCACGCGGUACAGUGACACAACCUACUUCGAAGAAUCGUCAGAGGCAGGCAAGCAAGUCGAACUUAAUCCUACGCGCCCUGGCACCUUCGAGUGUGCGCCACGAGAGAUGAUCGAACUCGGUCCACUUAACAGCCCGAGUAACCCUUGUUCUAAUGUUUUCCCACUUCAAGUGAUUCAAGAGUGUCCAGAGGAUCCCGCAUUGGCGCAGAGCAUCACCACUACUCUCCUCACAGAAUCGAGCACUUGCAUUUCUCCUCCUCCGACGCCCAUCAUUCCCCUUGAUAAUCUUGACUUCGGAGGCUUGAAAUCAAGCGGGCUCCGCAGCUACAACCCCUUCAACCAUGAGAGUGCGGAGAGUGACUCGGCCGACCUCGAGUCUGACCAUGAUAGUUUCUACACUUGCACGGGCGGGAAUGAAGAAGCCUCGUCCGUAAAGGAGAUAGAUCUUAGUUUUGACGCUAAUCACAAUGUUAACCAGCUGGAGAAUGCUGACUGGGUAGUAACUUGAGUGCGUGUGCGUGUGUGUGUGUGUGUGUGUGUGUGUGUGUGUGUGUGUGUGUGUGUGUGUGUGUGUGUGUGUGUUAAAGCUUUUUAAAAUUCAGGUUUUUAUUUUUGGACUGAAAAAAGUAUUUUUUUUUAAAGAAGUUUAGGUUCUUUCAAGACGAGGCUGACAAGUUCUGUAACAACGAUAAGAAGCUGAUGUUUGUGUAAUCUUUUAUUGUUUUGUGCUCGUGAAAGAUUUGUGACGAUGGUUUCCACCUGAAUUUUCUUAUAUGGUUACUAAUUUAAUACAUCGAUUUUAUUUUUAUGACCGAAGCUGUAGACUGACGUUCUCCAUUCCAAUUGUACGGCUCCUCAUGUGAUACUAAAAAAUGGAAGUAAGUGGUAAUCGGUCAAAUUUCAAUAUGAACAAAUUUCAAAUUAUGAUUUUGUAAAGUAUUCCUGAUAAAAGGAGCAAAGCAGAGGAAGAUCAAUAAAUACAACCAUGCUAGCAAGGAUAAGAAUAAAUAGUUUUACUCGUUAACAUGUUUGAAGCCACACAGCAGAAGCGAGUCAUUUAUAGAAGCUAAAAAUACGAAGUGUAACAAAUUCGCAAUCAUAACUUUUACCACAUGCAAAAUAGUACUGAGUUCGCUCUUCGUGUAACAACAAAUAACCUUAAUGGACGCGGAGAUAAGAAAAAUUUAAAUGAAUAAAAAAGUAUUUCCUGAGAAAUCAUAAGAGUAGAGUAUUAAUAAGUUCCGUUCCAGUGGUACACAGGUUUUCUCGUAAUUCCUGCUUAAGCAUACAGACAAUCCUUCGAAACCAGAAGAUGACACACGAACCAAAAAUCCAGAAUUCUCUUUUAGGGACGAAGAGGCGCUUUGAGGAAUAAACGGACCAUGCACCUUUACUUGCAACAUACACGUGAUCACUCGAAGACCAGCCUGUCCCAGCUCUACCUUAGGUUCAGCAAGGGUGACGUAAGGGCUUUUAGCAGUGUGUCGACAUGAAUGAGAAAGACUUUGAGGAACCACACCCGCGGAGGCACUGGUGGCUGCUGCUGCCGAUCCUCAUCCUUCUGAUCAUCGCCUGGGCCAUAAUGGUCGUCUGGAUUACCCAAGUCUUCAGAGUGAACUUUGCAUCAGUCUCGGAGACAAUUCAGAGUCAGUGAUGGCAGAGACGAAGGGACACCAGACACUCCGGAAGCACCUCCAGGCUGCUCGGCGCGUCACCCUCGCCCGACACAAGUGGCUGCGCGGCGCACUGAUGGGAUGCCUCAAGGAGUUCAUUUUAUCACCAAAUGUUUUAUUUCGGCGUUUUGUUUUAUUCAGUCUGGUUCUGAUCGUAUGAGUUUUAGACGAAAGUGCUUGCAUGUUUUAGAAUGCUUUUAACAUUAUUUGUAAACUUUUAACUAUUCUCAAUCGCUUGCUGAACUCCCUUUUCUCGAUUUUUCUUCAUCGCUUUCGCCCCACUCUACUACAAUGUUAACUUUUUUCUCUCCGUCACUCUUUUCUCCAUCGUUUGCUUACUGUUUCUCCGUUUUUUUGCCUAUGUUCAGGUGAUGUAAACCAGACGCAUUAUAGAAAAGUACUGCACCACAUAUAAACUGAAAAUUGCAGUGUACUGGCAGUGUGUCCCUCAAAAUAAAACCACAAUAAACAAA